UUACUCAUUGUAUCCACUUUUAUGGUUUAAUUUAUCUCACUUGCAGCUCACUGUUAUGACUUAUGAUACUUGUUUGCUAGCCAAGAGUUCUCCUCAAAAGAAUUCAAAUUACAAACUCAUAUAUGCAGUUAAAUGACCCGUGAAACCACGUCCUUUUUGAGUGGUUGCUUUUAGUCACGGCACCUCGAAUGCCAGGGUAACAUACAAACCAUAUAUUAUGGUUGACAUGACACUAAUUAGUCACAACCCCUUGUGAUGAUUUCAUAGAGAUGAGGUAACUAUUAAUAUUGCAGUAUAGCUGUUAGCUUUCGGCUGUUAAGAUCAACCAUCUAGUUUCCUCCAUAAUGAGAACAGCAUUGAGUGACCAUGGAAAAAAGCUAUGCAACUAGCGGUUUUUCAAGAGUAUAAAUGUGGCAUCUCAGUAGCAAUCCAGCAUAACAUAUUGGUAGUACUGUUGUCUGUGAGUGCUGCAGGGCAAUGGGGCUGUGGGUGGUGGCCAUCUUGGUAGCUUUGUUCUGCAAAGAAGCAAGCCUGGUACAUGGGGACAUUGGCACUGCAAACUCCUACAACCCUCCUUAUACUCCUACUAGGUGUAAUGGGAACAGGCAAGAUCAGUUUCCACCUGGCAAUCUAUUUGUUUCAGUGAGUGAAGGCUUGUGGGACAAUGGUGCGGCCUGUGGGAGACGUUAUAGGUUAAGGUGCCUGAGUGGAGCUAAAAAGCCAUGCAAGGAUGGAACAGUUGAUGUCAAAGUGGUUGAUUUCUGCUCAGUCAGGCCCUGCCCCUCUACGCUUCUCUUGUCCAACGAUGCUUUUGCAGCCAUUUCACACUCUCCUAGCAUGAAAAUAAAUGUGGAGUACAUACAGAUUUGACAAAGAACUGCAAAAGGCCGAGUCACAUCGCCAGCACAAUCUGCUUGUAACUUGGGAACUUUGUGGGAUAAACCAACAAAAGUGUGGAGAACAAUGCAGAAUUGUGAUUAAAAAAACCAAGUAGUAGUUGUUGUAGUAGUUUCUGUUAUUGCACGAGGAUGCUUUCAUUUGUAACUUUUUGCAAUGGAUAUUUCCAAAGACGCUGGUUAUAAGUGAGCUCUUAAUGAAGUGAGAAACGAUGUCCAAAGUC